AUGCAUUUCACCAAGGCCACCAUCAUCGCCGUUGCGGCUCUCCUCGCCCAGGGCUUUGCCAUGCCCCUCGACGCCCGCAGCGAGAGCUGCACCGAUGUCAUGACCCAGUGCAAGGCUCAGCCCGACCCGAACAUGUCUUACUGCGCCUCCCAGGCCGCCGGCUGCUGCGACAAGAAGGACAGCGCCUGCCGUACUGCUCCUAACGCCAACAUGUCUUUCUGCUCCUCCGAAAAAUCGAAGUGCUACACCGACGCCAACCUCCCCGACCCCUACGGCUCCCAGAAGCGCGCCGAGAAGUGCUCCACCAAGGACUGCUGCGACCAGCAGGACUCCGCGUGCCGCGUCGGCCCUGGCGCCAACAUGUCUUUCUGCAGCUCGCAAAAGAGUUCGUGCUAUGCGGACGCUGGCCUUCCCAACCCCUACCCCAAGCGUGCCGCCUGCACCGACAAGGCUUGCUGCGAUGACGCCGACAACAAGUGCCGCACCGCUCCCGGCGCCAACAUGAGCAAGUGCUCGAGCGACAAGGCCGCUUGCUAUACCGGCGCUGGCCUUCCUAACCCCUACCCCAAGCGUGCCGCCUGCACCGACAAGGCCUGCUGCGAUGACGCCGACAACAAGUGCCGCACCGCUCCUGGUGCUAACAUGAGCAAAUGUUCGAGCGACAAGAGUGCUUGCUAUGUCGGCGCUGGCCUUCCCAACCCCUACCCCAAGCGCCAGGACAAGUGCACCACCAAGGACUGCUGCGACCAGAAGGACUCCGCGUGCCGUGUCGGUCCCGGUGCGAACAUGUCUUACUGCAGCUCGCAAAAAAGUUCGUGCUAUGCUGAUGCCGGUCUUCCUGACCCCUACGGCCUGAACAAGCGCUCCGACCAGUGCACCAAGGUCAUGACCGACUGCAAGGCCAAGCCUGACCCGAACAUGUCCUACUGUGCCUCCCAGGCCGCCGGCUGCUGUGACGAGGCCGACAGCGCCUGCCGCAGUGCCCCUGACGCGAACAUGUCAUUCUGUAGCUCCCAAAAGGCGGCUUGCUAUACCGACGCCAACCUGCCCAACCCCUACGGCAACUAA